CAAUGCAGCGCCCACCCUUUCCUCGCCGGCUCCGCCCUUGCUCUCCGGAGACCCCGCGGAGAGAGCGCCGCGACCCCUUCCCGGCGCUCCCCGCGCCGUGCGCGGCGCGCUCUCGCGGUGACCUGUUGUGCGUGGGGUCAGCGCGCGGGGCGGAGCGGCGGGCCGGGGAGCCAUGCGGAGGGGCGAGCGCAGGGGUGCCGGGGGGCCGCGGCCAGGGUCCCCGGUGCCCGCGGGCAAGGCCUCGCUGGAGGAGCCGCCGGACGGCGCACCCGCGGGCCGAGCGCCCGGGCCGGGCCGCCGCAGCACGGAGUCCGAGGUCUACGACGACGGCACCAACACCUUCUUCUGGCGGGCCCACACCCUGACUGUGCUCUGCAUCCUCACCUGUGUGCUGGGCUACGUGACGCUGCUGGAGGAGACCCCGCGGGACACGGCCUACAACACCAAGAGAGGUAUUGUGGCCAGUAUUUUGGUUUUCUUAUGUUUUGGAGUCACACAAGCUAAAGACGGGCCAUUUUCCAGACCUCAUCCAGCUUACUGGAGGUUUUGGCUCUGUGUGAGUGUGGUCUACGAGCUGUUCCUCAUCUUCAUACUCUUCCAGACCGUUGAGGACGGCCGCCAGUUUCUGAAGUACGUCGACCCCAGGCUGGGGGUCCCGCUGCCGGAGAGGGACUACGGGGGGAACUGCCUCGUCUACGACGCAGACAACGAGAGCGACCCCUUCCACAACAUCUGGGACAAGCUGGAUGGCUUCGUGCCUGCGCAUUUUCUUGGCUGGUACCUGAAGACCCUGAUGAUCCGCGACUGGUGGAUGUGCAUGAUCGUGAGCGUGAUGUUCGAGUUCCUGGAGUACAGCCUGGAGCACCAGCUGCCCAAUUUCAGCGAGUGCUGGUGGGACCACUGGAUCAUGGACGUGCUUGUCUGCAAUGGGCUGGGCAUCUACUGCGGCAUGAAGACCCUUGAGUGGCUGUCCCUGAAGACAUACAAGUGGCAGGGUCUCUGGAACAUCCCGACCUACAAGGGGAAGAUGAAGCGGAUCGUCUUCCAGUUCACGCCCUACAGCUGGGUCCGCUUCGAGUGGAAGCCCGCCUCCAGCCUGCGCCGCUGGCUGGCCGUGUGCGGCAUCAUCCUAGUGUUUCUGUUGGCAGAGCUGAACACCUUCUACCUGAAGUUCGUGCUGUGGCUGCCUCCCGAGCACUACCUGGUCCUCCUGCGGCUGGUCUUCUUUGUGAACGUGGGUGGCGUGGCCAUGCGGGAGAUCUACGACUUCAUGGACGACCCGAAGCUCCACAAGAAGCUGGGCCAGCAGGCCUGGCUGGUGGCGGCCAUCACGGCCACGGAGCUGCUCAUCGUGGUCAAGUACGACCCGCACACGCUCACGCUCUCGCUGCCCUUCUACGUCGCCCAGUGCUGGGUGCUCGGCUCCGUGCUCCUGCUCACCUGGACCGCCUGGCGCUUCUUCCUGCGGGACAUCACCCUGAGGUACAAGGAGACCCGGCGGCAGAAGCAGCAGAGCAGAGGCGACCAGGGCAGAGACAUUGGCAACAUGGAUGGUCACCUGCCUGGGCUGGACGACCCCCUGCCUGGGCCGGACGACCCCCCGGGACCCGGGGAGGCCGAGAGGGAGGGGCGCCGGCUCUGAACUGACGCUGUGCCUUGGACCCACUGGGCGCCCAGGCCUGCCGUCCCCUUCAUCCUCCAUGGGGUUCCCACCAGGAGCCUCCCUGCGGGCCUUGGCCUCGCAGUUUUAUCUUCCUUUUCUCCCGUGCACACAGCAGGGCACUGAGAGGAGGGGGUGAAGGGGGUCCCCUUCCCGGGCUUGUGCAUGUGGCAUCUGAACACGUGUGUG